CGCCGAAACGUGAUAAAACUGGUUUAUCACCAGAAGUCGAAGUAAAGGGAACGAAGAAUUCCAAAUCAAAACAUCAUGCUACUAAUAGUAGUAAAGCUGUGAAUGGUGGUUGGCUCUAGUAAAUUAUCAAUGAGCAAAACCUCUCCAAAGCAAAUUGAGCUAGUUGUAGAACAACCAAAGAGAUUUUAUUGCAGGGACUGGGCCUUUAGAAAAUUAGCACAAUGUUUGGAGCAGAGACCUACUUCUAGAACUUGUGGAACACUAGUUUUAGGAGGGUCUGGCAGUGGAAAAACUACUUUGUGCAGAGAAAUUUGCUGGCAAAAUCCUACAUCUAAUGUCAGUAAAGGAACACUUGGGACCUUGAAUAGAAAACUGUUGGCAGUAUAUUAUGUCCAGCCUCAAACAUCUGAUACACCGUCCAUGGCAGAUUUUAUAAGAUCAGUUGUAAUGCAACUGAUUUCUCAUUCCACAUACUUGCAAACUGGUCAAACCACUAUAUCUAAUGCGACAGAUACAAUACCAAAAUCUCCUGAAAAAAUUCUUCCUGAAUCACUAUUAUGUUCUAGCAAUAAUAAUAAAUCAUUUCAGAUUACGGAACUUGCCAAAGAAAAUUUGAGUGACAAUACAGGCAAUAAAUCCUUAAGUAAUGGCUUGGAGGUGGAUUUAUGUCAGAACUUAAUUGAUUUAAGUUUUGAGGAAGAAACUGCUAGAGAUGGUGAUCUUCUGUCUGAGAUAAUACUUGAUGAAAGAAUCAAAGCAUUCUGUGAUAAAAAAUCUGAAUGUGUUUUAAGUAAUAUUAAAAAUUGUUCACAUAAAAUUGAAUGUGAGAUGGAUAUAGGUUGUGAUGUUGAAAGGAUAGAAAAAUUUGAUGUUAAUAACUUUACUAAACAAGAUAGAGUAAUUCGACAACAGUCAGAUCCAAUUGAAUAUCAGGAAAAUGAAAAGCAUAGAAUUGGUGAUAACAAUUAUUUUACGCAUCCUCCUUCUUCAAGCAAAAUUACAGCUGAUAAAAAAACUAAAUCUGCAUCUUCUCAAGACAAUGCAAAGGAUUUACUUAAUGAGAAACUUAAAGGUUCUCCAUCAAAAAUACCAGUAGCUGCAUUUAGAUACCCUAAUAUGAGCGAUCCUAAUUAUUCAUUAAGCUUAAUAAAAGUAGAACACAAACAGAACGCUUGUCAAUGUAAUGAGGAGAUAUCUUUAGGUGGCGAAGGUAUUGCAAAUAUUGAUAAUAUAGAUGCUUGUAUCAUUGAGCAAACCGAAAAUGAGCUUUUAGAUGAUUCUGUAAUAGAACACACUAGUGUGAAAAGUGAACAGGAUUCAGAUGUUAAGGUUAUUAAAGAUGAAAAUAAAGAUAGUGGUAAUAAUUCUUCGGAGCAAACUAUAAAUAAAACAUCAUCCAAAAACUGUGAUAACGAUAGCACUAGCACCGGGUUUGAGUCGUUGAAUAAAAUUGAUGUAGAUCGUAGUCUUAAACCUCAAGCACAAACCUUUGAGAAUAUAUUGCAAAUGACAGAAAGCAUGCCACCUCCUUUACCAUCAGCUCCACAGAAUUCAAGAAAUUAUAUAGCAAAUGCCUUUCUUGAAAAGCUUUUAACUGAUCCAGAAAUUCAAGAAAGUUUAAAUGUUGAAAAUAUUGAUAAAAAUCCUGAUGAUUGUUUUAAGAAGGCGAUUCUAUUUCCUCUGUUGGAAAUAGAUCCACCUAAAAAUUGUUUAUUGUUUAUGGUGGAUUCUAUUGAUGAGAAAGCAUCAGUAAAUUCCAACAUAAAUAAUACACUAACGAAAGAAGAAGAAAAACCUGCUUGUAGUGUUAAUAACUCAAAAACUAUCACUGAGCUUUUAGCCAAUCAUCAUCAUUUGUUUCCACAGUGGUUGCUUCUUGUUUGCACAGCUAAAAAGCAAAGUAAGAGCCUCACUAAAAUGUUUACAGGGUUUCGAAAAAUCACUUUGGAUGAUCUGCGAAAACACCAAAUUGUUAGAGAUAUUCAACAAUACAUUUUGGCUAGGUUGGACACCGAACUAAAUUUGAGGCAGCACAUAUCACGUGAUACUGCUGAGAUGUUGAAUCAAUUGCACAUUAAAAGCAAUGGCUGCUUUUUAUAUUUAGAAAAAGUAUUAGAUGGUGUCAGUGAUAAUUUUAUAGUAUUACGGGAGAUUAAAGAAAUACCAGGAACUUUGAACGGUUUAUAUUUGUGGUUGUGUCAAAGAUUAUUCAAUAAAAAACAGUUUAGUAAAGUUAAACCAUUAUUAAAUGUAUUACUUGCUGCAAGGAAUAAAGUUACAAAGAGUUUUCUGUACAAAUGUCUUCUGACUACAAAUUGUAACAUAGGUCGAGAUGAUUACAUGAAGAGACUGCAUCUGCUAAGAAAAGUGGUUAAAUAUGAUGGAAAGUAUUUAACAUUUUUCCAUCAGUCAUUUGCAGAAUGGUUACUAGAUGUCAAGCACUGUACUCAAAAGUAUUUAUGCAGUGCAUUAGAAGGGAGUUGUAUGAUAGCAAUGCAGUACACUUCCCGAGCUAAAACCUUAUGUACAAGUGAAAUACACAAUUAUGUUUUCCAUUUAACAAAAGUUGAACAAUAUUUUGCUCAAAAGCACAACAGUAAGAAUGAAGGUUCUAAAAUUGAUACAGAUUGGCAUUUUAUAACAUUGAUGUGGCUAAUCGACUCAGGUUGUGAUGUAGAAAAAUCAUUAUUCUGUGGAUCCAACAGUUUGUGUGACACAAAUAAGUGUGAGCACUUAUUUUUAAAGGAUAAUGUUAAUAUAACUCAAAAGGCCAGAGAAAUGAUCGAAAAAUAUUACAUAAAGUACGGAGUUUCUCGAAAACCUUUAGAUAAUGGAUUAGAAGAGAGUAUUGAUAAUAUUCUCGAUGUAAUUGUUGAAACUAAUAAACAAAAUGAAACUAAAUUUCGUGAGUUUUUGGUAGAAUUUUUUAGGCCUUCUUUACCAAGGGAUAAUAAAGUGUUAAGAAUGCUUUUAGAAGCGGGAGCCAAGACCCAAAUGCAAGAUUAUACAUCAAGUCAGAUAUCUUUGGAUUCUAUAACUGAUACACAGUCUGUAUCAUAUAUGAAUCCAUCAGAAGAACUAGUGGACGAUUUCUUUUCAAUGAGUGAAUCCUUUGCCCUUGAUGCAGCUACUGUGAAUGGUGUCUCAUUAUCAAAGAAACCUAUAGAUUUAGAGUUAGAAGAUAGACAUGGACAAACACCAUUGAACUUAGCGGCUCGUCAUGGUCACACAAAUGUUGUUCAGGUGUUAUUAAAAGCCGGUGCGGAACCUGAUCACGCCGAUUGUGAUGGAUGGACUGCACUUCGGGCUGCGGCGUGGGGAGGUCACACAGAGGUAGUAGAGCUAUUGGUGGAACAUGGCUGUGAUGUGGAUCGAGCUGAUAGCGAUGGCAGGAGUGCUCUGAGAGCAGCCGCGUGGUCUGGACAUGAAGAUAUAGUUCGCGCUUUAUUGAAAGCCGGAGCAUCAGUAGAUCGCACUGAUAAAGAAGGUCGAACUGCUCUUAUUGCAGCAGCUUAUAUGGGUCAUUCUGAAAUUGUUGAACAGCUCUUGGAUUGCGGCGCCAAUAUCAACCAUAGCGACUCUGAUGGACGAAGUGCAUUAUCAGUGGCAGCAUUGUGUGUACCUGCCAGUGCUGGUUAUGCAAAAGUUGUGAGUGUACUACUAGAAAGAGGUGCUAAAGCAGAUCAUCAAGAUAAGGAGGGAAUGACACCAUUAUUGGUUGCUGCUUUUGAAGGGCAUAAAGAAGUAUGUGAGUUGUUGUUGGAAUCAGAAGCUGAUCCUGAUUUGGCAGAAAAUACUGGUCGAGUGCCUCUUUGGGGUGCAUGCAGUGCAGGCCAUGGGGCGGUUGUAGAACUGUUAUUAUUUUGGGGAGCUGGAAUUGAUUGCAUGGAUCAUGAAGGUCGUACUGUGUUAAGCGUCGCAUGCGCUCAGGGUAAUGUUGAGGUUGUGAGGCAGCUUUUAGACCGAGGUUUGGAUGAAACCCAUCGUGAUAACGCUGGAUGGACUCCAUUGCAUUAUGCAGCUUUUGAAGGUCAUUUAGAGGUUGUUCAAGCCCUACUUGAAUCUGGUGCUAAGAUUGAUGAAGCUGAUAAUGAUGGAAAGAGUUGUUUGCAUUUAGCAAGUCAAGAGGGCUAUACUGAAGUUGUUCAAGUAUUGCUUGACCAUUAUUCGGCACCUGUAGAUCAGAAAGCACAUGAUGGAAAAACUGCACUCAGAUUGGCUGCUCUGGAAGGUCAUUAUGAUGUAUUGCAGCUUCUAAUUCAACACAAUGCUGAUGUCAAUACAAAAGAUGCAGAUGGACGAUCAACUUUAUAUAUCUUAGCUCUUGAAAAUAAAUUAGCAAUGGCUAGAUACCUUCUUGAAAAUGGUCAAGCUGAUCCCAAUUGUAGAGACUGUGAGGGUCGAACAGCUUUGCACGUUUCUGCUUGGCAAGGGCAUACAGAAAUGGUGUCUUUACUUGCAUCUAUUGGUGGUGCUACUAUAGAUGCUCUUGAUAACGAUUGUAGAACUGCUUUACAUUCAGCAUGCUGGCAAGGGCAUAGUGAAGUAGUUGAAUUGUUAUUAAAAUGGGGAGCACAACCAGAUCAUGCUUGCAAUCAAGGUGCUACGGCACUUGGUAUUGCUAGUCAAGAGGGUCAUUAUGAUUGUGUUGUAAAGCUCUUACAAUACAAUGCAGAUCCACAUCAUUCUGAUCAUUGUGGUAGAACACCAUUAAAAUUAGCUAACAAAUCUAAUAGAACAGAAGUUGUUAGACUAUUAGAAUCUUAUAUAAAGAGCAGAAAAUCUGGUGGUAGUAACAACAGCAUAACUACAGCUUCUACAGCAUUAGUAAGAUCACCAAAUAUAUCUCCAGAUAGCACACAUCGUUUAUCAUGUUUACUAGUGGAUAACCAUCAUGCAUCUGCACAUGACACUUUACCAUGCCAAUCUGUUGGUAAUCAUUCAAGUUUAUCAUCUAAUCUUACAGGAUCUACACAUAGUAGCAAACAUGAUCAGUCCAAUCAGAAUAUACCAUUUAGUCAACAACUGCAAAGUUUUACAAGGUAUGGACAUACAAAUGCACAGUGCAAUCCACAUAACAGCCAUGUGUUAUCACCACUGAACAGUGAUGGGGGUUCACCCUUAUAUGCAAGUCCACCACAUUCACCUAUCAGCGAUAUAGCCAGUCCUGUUAAUCCGCCUGUGAAUAAUAUUGGAGGGCCAGUGAAUAGUAAGACUACCGAUAAUCAUUUUGCACGAGACACACAUAUGAGAAUAAUAUUGGGUAAUUCAACAAAGGAGAAGGAGCAAAGUUCAAGUAAAUCUAAACGUAACGUUAUUGCAACAAAUCCAGCAUUCCGUUUGAUAAGAAGUGGUUUAGACUCUGCCGCCGCAAACAUACGACGAACUGCCGGACAAGCUUUCAGCCAGAGUCAUAGGCAUGACAAGAAUAAGGGCAAUGAAACAGAGGGUGGUGCGACGAAGUCAGGCACAUUUCAGUGGCGACGGGAGACUCCUUUAUGAGUCGCAAGAAAGAAGUUAUUCAGUGCAUUUAGGAUAAGGCGAAAAAAAGUUAUAUAACUUUAUUGUGAAAUACUACAUAACCCAUAUGUAGAGAAAAAAUGCUAGUCGUUUAAAUAUAUAAUUUUAUUUCAUA